GACAUUUUUAGGGUUGACAUAACCUAAAAAAAAUUGACAUUUGUUAACCUACAAAAAAAUGGUUAAAAUAAGUCUUCAAAUUAAAGCAAAUCUAGAAAACCUCGACGAGCUCUUCACAAACCAUCCCGAUUACAAUUUCCUUUUAAAACUAAAAUGUUUAAAUUGUGGUGAAAUCUCCGAUAAAUGGCAUGAUGUUCAAGAAUCCCAAAGAUUCCCCACAAAAACGGGAAAAUCAGAUACUCACUUUUUAGCACGAUGCAAGCUUUGUGGAAGAGAGAAUAGUUUGGAUAUAAUUGAAGGAAGUAAUGGGAAAUACACAGGAGAUGAUGUAGGAAAGUUCAAAACAUUGGUAACUUUUGAUUGCCGUGGCAUAGAACCCAUUGAUUUUCAACCAAGUGAUGGUUGGAUUGCCAAAGUUGAGGAAAGCAACAAAACGUUUAAUGAUGUUGAUUUAUCCGAAAAAGAAUGGGUUGAAUAUGAUGAUAAAUUAAAACAAUCUGUUGGGAUUUACGAAUUAGAAUCAAAAUUUGUUAAGGUGAAAUAAAUUAAAAUAAUUUUAUGUA